AUGUCGUCGCCGGCUGCGUCCAAACGCAAGCGGAGCUCCUCGCAUCUACACCCGCAGCCCCAGCAGCAGCAACAGCAGCAGCCAGCAGAGCUCCAGCCGACCUCCCGCGACGCCUCGGGCGAAGAAACAGCUACAUGCACGCCGAAGAAGGAGAAAGGCACCGGCAUUGCGGCCGUUGCUGCUGCGGCGGCGGCUGCGGAAGUGCCGCCUAGCAAGCGGGCUCGAAGACGGUCAGUGGCAGACGGCGCGUCGACCAGCACCAGCAGCUCGAGGGCGAGGACAAGCAACAUUGACCCCGGCGAGCCGUCCGAGACGACGGAGGCGAGCGUCGACAUCGAGAACAGGGCCAAGCGGAGGGUGGAAGCGAGACAGGCGCAGGCUCAGGCUCAGGCUCAAGCCCAGGCUCAGAUGAAGCCAGCUACGCAUGCCGGAAUCCAGGAUCCAAAGGGGUACCAUACCAAUCCGCCGCCGACAGACAGGCCGGUGAGGGUCUAUGCGGAUGGGGUGUUUGAUUUGUUCCAUCUGGGACACAUGAGACAGCUCGAGCAGGCAAAGACGCUGAUUCCAAACACAUAUCUCAUAGUCGGGGUGACGGGCGAUGCAGAAACGCACAAACGGAAGGGCCUGACGGUGCUGAACGAGGCGGAGCGGGCAGAGACUAUCCGCCACUGCAAGUGGGUGGACGAGGUUAUUCCCAAUUGCCCCUGGAUAGUCACGCCGGAGUUCCUGGAGGAACACCAGAUCGACUACGUGGCUCACGACGACCUGCCGUACGGCGCGGACGAGGGAGACGACAUCUACGCCCCCAUCAAGCAGAUGGGCAAGUUCCUCGUCACGCAACGUACAGAGGGCGAACUGAACGUUUCAUGGGUCAAAAAGAACGAGCUCGAAAUCAAACGACAUGUCACCGAGCUGCGUAACGCCAUCAAGAACAACUGGUCUACUACGGGCCAGGAGCUGAGCAAGGAGCUCCGCCACCUCUGGCAGAACAGCCGUCCUACCAGCCCGAGUCGAGAGGCCGGUCCAAACUGGGGAUCUGCUGCGGCCUCCAGGGCUCAUCUACAUGCUGAUCCGCCCAGCAGGCCUGAGAGUCCCGGCGUAGCUGGCCGAAGCGAGGACUUUGCUACAGGUUACUCGCUCGGGCUGAUUGGAGGUGUUCGUUCGUGGGUAUGUUUGACUUUCUCUCUCUCUCUAUAA